CGGUAACUAUGGCGAUAAGAGAAAACGUACGAUGAUCCCUGCUCUUCAGUUUUCCCAGUGUGUGUUUGUCUGCGUGCGACUCAUUUGAGAGCGGCUGAGGGAGGGGGUUUAUGAGAUGAGAGCUAGCUAGGUGCUCCAGAGAGAAAGAGAUGUUGAAACGCUAACUUCAUUUGCCCAUUCAGAGAAGGACAGACGGCUCUCGGGUUUUCCAAUUCGGGCACGGAACGGAGUGGUAGCCUAUAGCCCGCAAUCCGACUCCUCGGCAGCGGCGAGAGAGGCUUGAGGGGUGGAGAGAGAUGGGAUCAGCUUCUUCGGCGUACCGAGUAAUCUACCUGGACGUGGAUGGCAGAAUUCAGAAGGUGGUCUUCAGCAGAUUCUGCAGCCCGUAUGAUAUCAAGGAGUUAUUCUGUACCGCUCUAGGUCUUCCAAGGAACACCACCUUGUCUCUGCUGGAUUCCACGGGAGCCAUGGUGUCCAUCGACCCCACCAUGCCACACAACACCGAGAGGUCACCGUACAGAGUGGUGCCCCUGACUGGAGGACAGCUAGCUGAUAAAGAGGAACUCUUCCAGAAUGUAUUGACACAGGUGGCAGAGCAGUUUUCCAGAGCGUUUAAAAUCAACGAGCUGAAGACGGAGGUGACGAACCGCUUGGCCAUGUUGGAGAAGAGAGUGGAGUUGGAAGGGAUGAAGGUGGUGGAGAUAGAGAAGUGUCGCAGCGACAUCAAGAAGCUCCGGGAGGAGAUGGCCUCCCGGAACAACAGUCAUUUCCUGGAUGACAACAAGAAGCUGACACCUCGCAGAGAUGUGCCCUCUUACCCCAAAUACCACCUGUCUCAGGAGACAGUGGAAGCUCUCAGACAACCCACCUUUGAUGUGUGGCAGUGGGAGCCCAAUGAGAUGCUGAGCUGCCUGGAGCACAUGUACCACGACUUGGACCUGGUCAAGGACUUCAACAUGAACCCCAUCACACUGAAGCGGUGGCUGCUUUGUAUCCAUGACAACUACAGGAUGAAUCCCUUUCAUAACUUCCGUCACUGUUUUUGUGUCACCCAGAUGAUGUACAGCAUGAUCUGCCUCUGCAGCCUACAGGAGACGUUCACCCAGGUGGACAUUCUGAUUCUGAUGACAGCUGCAGUGUGCCACGAUCUGGAUCACCCCGGAUACAACAACAUGUACCAGAUAAAUGCACGGACGGAGCUGGCAGUACGCUACAAUGACAUCUCCCCUCUGGAGAAUCACCACUGUGCCGUAGCCUUCCAGAUCUUCUCCCAGCCCGACUGCAACAUCUUCUCCACCUUUGACCCCGAGGCCUUCAAACAGAUACGCCAGGGAAUCAUCACACUGAUACUGGCCACAGACAUGGCACGACAUGGCGAGAUACUGGACUCCUUCAAGCAUAAAGUGGACAGCUUUGACUUCACUGAUGAAGAGCAUGUCACUUGUCUGAAGAUGGUGCUCAUUAAGUGCUGUGACAUUUCUAACGAGGUGCGACCCAUGGAGGUGGCUGAGCCCUGGGCGGACUGUCUGUUGGAGGAGUACUUCAUGCAGAGUGACAGGGAGAAGGCAGAGGGUCUGCCUGUGGCCCCCUUCAUGGACAGAGAGAAGGUCACAAAACCCACCGCUCAGAUCGGUUUCAUCAAGUUUGUCCUCAUCCCCAUGUUUGAGACCGUCAUGAAGCUGUUCCCUCAGAUUGAGGAUGUGAUGGUCCAGCCUCUGAGAGAGUCGCGAGACAGAUACGAAGAGCUCAAGCAGAUUGACGAUGCCAUGAAUGAGGUGCAGAAAAAGAAAAGUGAGAACUUGACUAUGGGGAAGAAGAAAUGAAAGCACAAAGUGGUAAAGGUUGAGUCAGCAUAGUCUGAGGAAUGGGACAAGAGGAAGAUGGAAACAGACCAAGCUACUUGACUGACUGGCCGGAUGGACAAUCCAAAAGCUUUUAUCAGGGAAUGUCGACUUGUACAGCAGACUACUUCAGUGAACAAUAUUUAGAUUUUCUCUUAUUGUUUUUUUAAAAUGUUGUUUUAUACAGAAUGUACAGAUUUUUAGUUGCCUUCGUUGUUUCCUACAAAAUAAAAGGUUUACUUUAAUUAUAACCUUUCA